UAAUCAAACAUCCACCAGAUUUAAGAAGACAAAAUGCCAAAGAAAAGUAAAGUGAACAAACUGGCUCGUAUGUCAGAUGAAGAACGAGCAAGAUACUUGCAACACCGUGCAGAUGUGGAAGAGGAAGCUAGGAGAAGGAAACGGGAGCUAGUGGCCAGAUUUAUUAAGAACAAACUUGACAAAGAAGAAGCAUUCAGCAAAAUAAAUACAGCAAAAAUAAAUCAGGAGUGGAGGUAUAUUUUACGAAGAAUAAAAUGUCAGCAGAUGGUGUUGGAAAUUCAGGGUAUGAUGGCAAGUUUCAACUUUCUGAUGGAGAGGAAGAAUCGUCUCAUUAGUUCGUUGACCAGUGCUGUGGAUGAUUCAGAUGAACAGCAUCGACGUGCUUUCCAGGCGCAUACGGAAAAUUUGAGCUAUUUCUUGAGAAUAGGAUCGCAGCGUUUAGACAAAUUACAAGCUUUAUACGAACAUCAAAAGAACUGCUUCCUCGAGACUUGGGAUAAAGAAGAGUUAGAUAUAACCGACAAUCAGGAUAGAGCAGAGUUCAAAUUAACGCUUAUUACAUUUAUACAAGAUCGAGACUUUAAGUUAUACAAAAAACAAAUUGAAAAUGAAAGGGCUACAGCCAAGAAUGACGCAAGGCUAGAGCACGAAGAUGAAAUGCGACACCUCUGUCGGCCGAAACAACUGGAGAUAGAUUUCUACUGGAGCAAACUUCGUGACGUGUACGACAAUUAUUUAGAACAGCAUAAUCCUAUAAUGAGCCACUAUCAAUCUCUGCAGGAAAAAGAUGACUUCUAUCAACGAGAUAUAGCGAGAAAUGACUUGCAAAUACAACAGGCUUCGGAAACGCUAAUAACACUACAAAAGGAGUGGGUAAAGGUAACAAAUCUGAUGAAUUAUAAAAUAAAACGUAUGAAUAGUCAUAAAGAAGACUUAUCUAAGAGAUACUGGCAAAUGAAAAAAGACAGUAAGAUGAAUAGACGGAAAGAAGAUGAGAUUUUAGCGGUUAUGGUCGACGCUAGCCAAGGCGCUAAAAAGUAUCUAGAAGAUAUGCUUACUAAACUGCAGAAGAUAAAUCAGAUGGCCCAAAUAUGUAGCAAAUACGAACAUGACAAUGAUAAAAUCUUGAAAGAAAUCGAGAACGAUGAACUGCCGCAAGACUUCGAAAACCUUGACGCUGCGAUGAUUACUGAAUGCAAGGAAUACAGCAAAAUGGACAAGUUCCUAUUAAAAGCAAAUAGAGCUAAAGUCCAGACUAUGUGUCUCAGAACUGAGAAAAAUAAGCUUAUCAAAGAAAAUAUUCAAUUGAAGCAAUACAUUAAGAAAUAUCUCACAGAUUUAGCAUUAAAUGAUGGAAAAGUGAGACCACAAACUACUAAAUUGCCCUCGGCAACAAAUAACUUUGUGCCAAAAAUCAACCGCCCAGUGACUUGUAUUGAAGGAGCAUUGUCAAAUGCAGUAAUACAUGAGAAGCGUCUAAAAUUAGAGAAAAAAAGAAAUAAAGAAAUUGGAGUGGUUCGAUCAUACCCUCGUGUUAAUUGUUGGUAACACUUCUAUGAAGACUGGUGACCU